CGGUUCCCGUCAGGUUCGGCUCAGAGAAGGACUGAGGGAUUAGUCUGUUCUCACUCCUCGCUCGGUUCAACAUGGACUCAGUGCAUUUUCUGCUCUUCCUCGCAGUCAGCGCCUUCACUGUGAAAGUUUCUCUUCAGGGGGCAGAGCAGCACAAACUGUACCAUGACCUGAUGUCUAACUACAACCCACUGGUGAGACCAGUCGACAAUGACUCGCAGUCUCUCACUGUUCACUUCGGCUUAACCCUCAGGCAGAUCAUGGAUGUGGAUGAGAAGAACCAGGUUUUGACAACCAACAUUUGGCUACAACUGUACUGGGAUGAUUUUUACCUGCGGUGGAAUCCAUCAGAUUAUCCAGGUGUGCCCAAUGUGAGAUUUCCUGACAAUCUCAUUUGGAAGCCAGACAUCCUGCUGUAUAACAGUGCUGAUGAAAGAUUUGAUGCUACGUUUCACACCAACAUUUUGGUCAACUCCUCGGGCACCUGUUCCUACCUACCUCCAGGCAUCUUCAAGAGCACCUGCUACAUUGAUGUUCGCUGGUUCCCCUUUGAUGUCCAGAGAUGUGACCUGAAGUUUGGCUCCUGGACAUACGGGGGCUGGUCUCUGGACCUGAAGAUGGUGGAGGCGGAUAUCACUGGCUACAUUGCCAAUGGAGAGUGGGAUCUUGUCGGGGUUCCAGGACGGAAGAACGAGCGUUUCUACGACUGCUGCGAGGAGCCGUACCCGGACGUCACCUUCACCGUGGUGAUGCGCAGACGGACUCUCUACUACGGCCUCAACCUGCUCAUCCCCUGCGUCCUCAUCUCCACCCUGGCCCUGCUCGUCUUCCUCCUGCCUGCUGACUCUGGGGAGAAGAUUUCACUAGGCAUUACGGUCCUGCUCUCCCUGACUGUCUUUAUGCUGCUGGUUGCAGAGAUUAUGCCCGCCACAUCGGACUCGGUGCCUUUAAUAGCUCAGUACUUUGCCACCACCAUGGUCAUUGUUGGUCUAUCUGUAAUUGCUACAGUUAUUGUGUUACAAUAUCACCACCAUGACCCUGAUGGAGCCAAGAUGCCAAAGUGGACCCGUGUAAUUCUCCUGAACUGGUGUGCCUGGUUCCUACGCAUGAAGCGCCCGGGUGAAGAGCGGGUACGUUCAGCCUGUCACAACAAGGCUCCACGGAACAGCCUGACCAGCAUGGAGCUCAAUGCUAGCACUUCCCAGUCCAACAAUGGCAACUUGCUCUGUGUUGGCAUCCGUGGCCUGGAAAGCCUCCACUACUCUACAGUUGCAACCUCUGCUGAAUCUGGAGUCCUCUGCGGGCAGCUGGUUGGCCGAACUGGUGAGGAGGAUAUUCUCCUCCCCGCAGGUCAGGGCCCGUCUGCAGGCUGCCUGGAACCAGAGAUGGCUAAGAUCCUGGAUGAAGUGUGCUACAUUGCCAAACGCUUUCGUAGCCAAGACAAGGACGAGUCUGUGUGCAACGAGUGGAAAUUUGCUGCGGCUGUUAUCGACAGGCUUUGUCUCAUGGCGUUCUCUCUGUUCACUAUCCUCUGCACCAUUGGAAUUCUCAUGUCAGCACCCAACUUUGUAGAGGCCAUUUCCAAAGAUUUUUUCAAUUAAGGGCUUUAUAAAAAAAAGCCUAAACCAAUCUACCUCAUCACAGAUUGACAUUUUUAAACUCAUUGGGCAGGAUUUGGAUAAGUGAAAGUUAAUUGGUACUUGUAUUUAACCAAAUAUUAAAGUCAAAUUUAAAGUCAAAAUGUCAAAGUUAAAAUUAAAGGUGGGGUAGGUAAGUUUGAGAAACCGGCUCGAGAUACACUUUUUGUUAUAUUCCAUGGAAUGCUCUUAACAUCCCGAUAGCAAUGAAUAUCUUAAGUGCUUUGACAAAAAAUCCAUAAAAAAAUGCCAUCUGUGGAAUCCGUAGUGCUGUAAAAAGGAAGGCCUGUCAGCCUUCCAUCUGUAAACAAACUUAUCUCGUGCCCUGAUUGGUCAGUUCUUCCGGGCUGUGUAUUUUCAAAUUCUAGCGCACUCGAGCUGGUUUCUCCAAAAUUACCUACCCCACCUUUAAGGAUUUAGGCAAAGUGUAUGUACUGUAUGGCAUAAAAACUAUUUACGGCUUGACUUUUAUAUCACACAGUCAAAUGGCAUAUUAAAGGAAAACAUCUACAUUUAACACCCUUGUACUGUUUUAACAUGAAGAUACUAAGCAUUGUUUAACUGGUGUAAUUUGCUAAUAAACAAUACUUACAAUGAAUGCUAUUGUUUUGUGUUAUGUAAUGUUGCCUGUAUACUAUUGUUCUUUACAAUGCAUCUAAUCUCACUAAAAUCUACUCUGUGUACUAAACAGAACAUCUACUACAGUACCUCUAUAUAUGUUGUAUUGAAAUAUAUUUGUUGCAUCAUAUGAGUACUUGUAUAUGCAAAACAGUUAUGUGU